UCCACAAAGCCUGUAUGGAAUUUGCUUUGGGACAGCCUUUUCCCCCUAACAAUUCAACACGUUCCUGCACGUGAGCACUAACCAAGCCUGGCCAGUGGCAAGGGCUGAAUAAGUGUCAGUGCUUCAUUCAUUCAAUGACUAUCUAGGGAGCAUGUAAGGACCCCCCACUGUUGGGGGCUCUGUGGACAUGGCAGGGAGCAAGAGAGACAGAAUCCUGCUCGGCAGUGAAGAUAAACAAGCAGACGUGCAGUGUGUGAGAUGGUGAUGCAGGCUCGGAGAACAAGGAGGCGGCAGGAAGAGGGCGCUGGGGGCUUGGAGUAAAUGAAGGACCAGCCCAGGCUCAGGGAUUCUUUCCCUGCGGCAGCUGAGCGGGCUGAUGGGCACCUCGAUCACCAUAUUGGUUGACAAAAUACAGCCAUCUCAUCCAGUGGGUAAAGAACCACCACCCCAGAGCCCCAAAGAGCCCCUCCAGCCUUGCCCAUGGGGCCCCCAGGCCUCCGGCCAACCCAGCAUCUAAAGGUUUAACAUACACAUACACAUGGAGGAAAGUGAGAAACAGAAAGGAGAAGUCACUCGGGUAGUUAGUGACAGAGAAGAGAUGAGUCCACAGUGUGGGCUCCAGAGCUCAAGUUCAAAACCAUGGUCUCCAAGGUCUUCCAUUCACUCAAUGUGAGAAGGGCCUCCCUGGUGGCGCAGGGGUUAAGUCUCAGCACUAUGAAGCUAUCAGCAGCCACUGCAGCACCAGUUCGAUCCCCGGCCAGGGAGCUACCCACAUGGCGCAGCAGACCUCUCCUGUCUCCCCGCUGCUCCCCUCAGCAGUGGAUUUCAGUGACUCUGCUCCCCACUCUACCUCUGGUGAAUCCUCUCACCCCACAUACCUCUGGCCUACAUCCCAGCUCUUGAAUGCAUAAAUAAAUGGAAUAAAUCUUUAAAAAAAAAGUCAUCUGUAGCUCACAUCGCUGAGACUGUAGUUAGUGACCUAGCACUUUUAUUUAUUCCAUGGCUAUGGAGUUCUAGAAGGUCUGCCAAGCUUCAGACCUGGCUGUACAUGGGGAAUCAUUUUAAUUUCAGGGUCCUUGUCCCACCUGAAGAGUAACCUCCUCCAGGGAGCUCUCCUUGACUCCCUCAUGCUAAGCAACCUGCCAUCACUGGACUCCUGGGCCUUGUCCUACCACCAUUACCAUUUGUUUCACUCUGCACUAACCUCCCUGAUGGCAGAACCCAGAAUGACUUCCUCACUGGUGUGUUCCCCGCUAGCCCUCUCAGCUGGCUCUUCCUCUUCAGUGCAAUCCAGCUUGCCUGGUUCCUCCAACUGGAUCCUUCCCUAGGACUGAUGGAAAAGAUCAAAGAAUUGCUGCCUGACUGGGGCGGACAGCACCACAGGCUCCGAGGGGUCCUGGCAGCAGCACUGUUUGCAUCUUGUCUUUGGGGAGCCCUGAUUUUCACACUUCACGUGGCCCUGCGGCUUCUUCUGUCUUACCACGGCUGGCUCCUUGAGCCCCAUGGAACCAUGUCCUCACCCACCAAGACCUGGCUGGCCCUGGUCCGCAUCUUCUCUGGCCGCCACCCCAUGCUCUUCGGUUAUCAGCGCUCCCUGCCGCGGCAGCCCGUGCCUUCCGUGCAGGACACUGUGCACAAGUACCUGGAGUCUGUCCGGCCCAUCCUCUCAGACGAGGACUUCGACUGGACGGCCUUCCUGGCGCAGGAGUUCCUGAGGCUGCAGGCCUCGCUGCUGCAGUGGUACCUGCGGCUCAAGUCCUGGUGGGCGUCCAAUUACGUCAGUGACUGGUGGGAAGAAUUUGUGUACCUGCGAUCCCGGAACUCGCUGAUGGUGAACAGCAACUAUUAUAUGAUGGAUUUCCUGUACGUCACCCCCACGCCGCUUCAGGCCGCUCGGGCGGGGAACGCCGUCCAUGCCCUCCUCCUGUACCGCCACCACCUGAACCGCCAGGAGAUUCUGCCAACUCUGCUGAUGGGGAUGCGGCCCUUAUGCUCUGCCCAGUAUGAGAAGAUAUUCAAUACCACCCGCAUUCCUGGCGUCCAGAAAGACCACAUCCGCCACCUCGGAGACAGCAGACACGUGGCCGUCUUCCACCGGGGCCGAUUCUUCCGCGUGGGGACCCACUCCCAGGGCAGCCUGCUCUCCCCGCGAGCCCUGGAGCAGCAGUUUCAGCGAAUCCUGGAUGACCCCUCCCCUGCCUGCCCCCACGAGGAGCAUCUGGCGGCCUUGACCGCAGCUCCCAGGGACAUGUGGGCCCAGGUGCGGAGUUCGCUGAAGAGCCAGGCCCAGGAUGCCCUGGAGGCGGUGGAAGGGGCUGCGUUCUUCGUCUCACUGGACUGUGAGCCUGCAGGGCUCAGCAAGGAGGACCCCGCAGCAUCUCUGGAUGCCUAUGCCCACGCCCUCUUGGCUGGCAGGGGCCACGACCGAUGGUUUGACAAAUCCUUCACCCUAAUCGUCUUCUCCAACGGGAAGCUGGGUCUCAGCGUGGAACACUCGUGGGCCGACUGCCCCAUCUCAGGACACAUGUGGGAGUUCACCCUGGCCACAGAGUGCUUUCAGCUCGGCUACUCAGCAGACGGCCACUGCAAAGGCCUCCUGGAGCCCACGCUGCCCCAGCCGCAGCGCCUGCACUGGGACCUUCCAGACAAGAUCCAUCCAUCCAUCUCUCUGGCCCUGAGGGGAGCCCAGACCUUGUCUGGAAGCAUCGACUGCCAUGUCUUCCCCUUCUCCCACUUCGGCAAGAGCUUCAUCAAACACUGCCACCUCUCCUCAGACAGCUUCAUCCAGAUGGCCUUGCAGCUGGCCUACUUUCGGGACAGGGGUCAAUUCUGCUUGACUUAUGAGUCGACCAUGACUCGCUUGUUCCUGGAAGGCCGGACGGAGACAGUGCGAUCCUGCACGAGGGAAGCCUGCAACUUCGUGCGAGCCAUGGAGGACAGAGAAAAAACGAUCCCACAGUGCCUCGCCCUGUUCCGCAUGGCGGUGGACAAGCACCAGGCCCUGCUGAAGGCAGCGAUGAGCGGCCAGGGGGUCGACCGCCACCUCUUCGCACUCUACAUUGUGUCCCAACUCCUGCACCUGCAGUCGCCCUUCCUGGCCCAGGUUCAGUCCGAGCAGUGGCGUCUGGCCACCAGCCAGAUCCCUGUGCAGCAGACGCACCUGUUUGACUUCCACAACUUCCCCGACUACGUCUCCUCCGGCGGUGGAUUCGGGCCCGCUGACGACCACGGUUACGGGGUUUCUUAUAUCUUCAUGGGGGAUGACAUGAUCACCUUCCACAUCUCCAGCAAAAAAUCAAGCACAAAAACGGACUCACACCGGCUGGGGCAGCACAUCGAGGACGCCUUGCUGGACGUGGCUUCCUUGUUCCAGGAGGGACAGCGUCUUACUCGUGGGUUCAGAGGGCUAAGGGAGGAGAGCUCGGGACACAGGUGUAACUCUCUCCCUUACCACAUCAGCGCCUCCAGGCCAGCCACGACAUCCAGCAGCACUUGAGCCUUCCAGUGGGGAGCUGGUCUCCCUGGGAACUAAGGGAAUGGUCGCUGUGGCUGGGCUGGUGCAGGACAGAGACAGCCUGUUUGAGUUUGGAAAUCCCACGUCUGUCCAAUAAAGGUGCGGGAGCUGGUGUGUGGUGUGCACUGUGCCACCGAGCUG